GCUCGCUGUAUCCUUCUCCCGGCUUUUUUUUUCUCUCUCUCUCGCUCUCUAAUCACCUUUCUCCUUCUCUCUUGCAUACCAUGGAUUCCUCCAGAAACACAUCCUCCUUCGAAGAUGACAAGAUGCAUCCCUCGGACCGAUCCGACUCCACCGACCAAGAGCGACUUCUCAUGGAUGAGGAGGCCCCGCACUGGUCGCAAGGGAAGAAUGCGUCGAGAACAAGACUCGGGGGCUGGCUGAACCUCAUCCUCAUCUUCGUCACCGCCGUGCUGUCUGGCUUGCUGGGCGUCUUCAUCGGCCACAACCAAACGGACCUCAGCGAGUCCUGCACGCGGCGUGUCACCCAGCACUCCCCCGUCAUCUCCCAAGUCGGACUCUCCUACCACCGCCAGCAGUUCAACGGCUCCCUCCUCAAGGAGAACAUCUUCCGCCAGGAUGCCAGCCCGGCCGUCGACGCGGCGUGGGAAUCGAUCGGCACCAACUACCGCGCCAUCCGCGUCCCCGUCGAGGAUGCCCAGAAAUCGGGCCUCGCGACCGACCAGGUCCAGAUCAGCGAGAAAUACGGCGGUGGAUAUCCCGCCAACGUCGAGGGCUUACACCAUCUGCAUUGCUUAAAUCUCCUCCGCCAAUCCCUCUACUACAACUACGACUACUACCACGACCUGGGCACGGGCGCCUUUAAGAACGAUGAUUUCAUCGUCCGCCGUCACGUCACCCACUGCCUCGACAUCAUCCGCCAACAGCUCAUGUGCAGCGUGGACGUCGGCGUCCUAGGCCAAGUCUGGGUCCACCCGGACCACCCCGAGCCCUUCGUCGACUUCAACACCGAGCACAAAUGCCGUAACUUCGACGAGAUCCGCGCCUGGGCCGAACGGAAUCAGCUGCCGGAGACCGUUCCGUUGGAUUUCUUGCAGCCUCCCCGCAUGGGGGACCGGGUGUAUGAGGCCAUUCCAUGAGAUGCGG